AUGCAUAAUGGAGUUGGCAAAGAUAGCUUGGAAGCUGAGCUCUGGGCAGUUCUUCUUGGACUGAAAGAAGGCUGGGACUUAGGCUAUCGAAAAGUUAUUGCGGAGAGUGAUGCACUUGAAGCAAUGCAUUUGGUUUCAGUGAAUACGCCUCCCUUGCACCAAUAUCUUAACAUCAUUGAUGAAAUUCACAGCAUUCUUGGGAAGGACUGGCAAGCGUCUUUAUGCCAUAUUAACAGGGAAGGAAAUGAAGUUGCUAAUUACUUAGCCAAAUAUGCUCUUAGUUGCUGGCCAGGAUUUUAUCGUAUUUCUACUCCACCCCCUGAGCUUGUGGAUUUACUCUCAGCUGAUUGCAAUAACCUUUACCAGGUUUAA